GCCGCGCGCUCUCGUCCGACCUCUUCCUUAACAGGAGCUGGUUCCGCGAACCUCCGCUCUCUCUGUCCUCCACACUCCUGACAACUGUUAUAAUAUGUGCUCGGGAGCGGGGAGACGGGGCCUCAUUAUAUCCCUUGUUUGAUUGCGCUUGAGACAUUCAACUUACUUCCUGUUUAUUCAUACACAUUAACAUAUUAAGAUCGAUUAUUUGCUAAUAUUUAAAUACGGGUUAAUUAACCUCAGCAACUCGUCCUUGUUCUAGCAGCAUGUAAAGUUCAGGAGCUAUUUUAAAAUUACUAUAACGGGAUAUUAGCCCUCCUAGGCAUUUAAUGACAUUGAUGAUCUCUAGUUAAUGGUAGUUUUGAAUUUCAAAUAUACUCUUAAAGACUUGUAUGGACGGUAAUUUUAAAUGUGAAGAGGCGGCCGUUGUAAGUAAUGGCUAUCCGAAAUGAAUGAUAUAAAGAAGUGCAGUACAGAAACAUGAACGGAUGACAUUUCGUCGGGCCGAGACGGGUGCUCUCGAAUUUUGAAUUCAACAAAAAGCGUGCGCGGCAUUCCGCAAGCCGCUCGCCACUGCGCCGCACCGACCCCGCGCCGCCGCCGCCGCUUCACUUGCUAGUUAAACCCUCAAUAGAUCGAAUUGGUCACACAAUUAUUUAAGAAUAAUGACCGCCUCCAAUUGAAGAAAAAACGGAGAUGCGUUAAUGUCUUGAAUAAAUUUUGUUAACUCACCGCUCGUAAUGAGGCGCGCGCACGCGGACUGUUUACUAAACAACGUUCAAUAUUUUUGGAUGCAGUGAUCUGGAGGUGGUGAUUCAGUGUUAAUACACGAUUAAAUGUCCUCAAAUGAUCUCGAUCUCUCUUUGCGUUUACUUAUUAAGGAAGUAUUCUUUUAAACGGCGCAGCAUUCGCCCUGUCACGUGUGCAAAGUGAGCCGCAGCGGGGUUGCGACGCGAUGCGCGUGGCAUGCUGCUGCCGGACCAAACGUAUGAGGUGGCCGCACCCGCCGCACACGCUGCAAAUGCCGCACACGCCGUACCAACCGCAGCUGCCGCAGAUGCGCCAACGUCGGCGUCGCUCGCGGUGCUGCUGCGCGCGCACCGCGUUCGCCCUGACUUCUUCUGCGCCUAUCGGUCACGACGCCAUUCGAGGAGAUCGUCGCGGAUGGUCGAGGAAGAGAAAGAAAAGAGGUCCCCGAGCGAGCCGCGGCCGCUCGCGCGGUCUCAGCGGCGCGCGCGCCAUAGGAACGACGCAUCAUCCUCGAACGAAGCGGUGCACCUGCAGCGACGGCUGCUAAGCCUCAGUUCGGAGCUGGUGACGCUCCGUAACCAUUUGCACGUGGGCGGGGCGGCAGGUGCGGCAGGUGCGGCGGGUGCGGCCGGUGCGGCAGGGGCCGCUGGAGCGGCCGGCGCGGGGGGUGCGGCGAGUAGCGGGCAACCGGCGGUUCCGCCGCGCGCGCCGCUGCUGCUGCCGCCGCCCGCACCCGCGCCGCCGCAUCAAUCUCAUCCACCGCCACCUCCACCCGAAGCAAGAUGGCGCAGCGCGGCGGGUCCGGCGGGUCCGGUGGGUCCGGCGGGUCCGGCGGGCGGCGCGGCGCCGAGCGCGCCCGCCGGCUGCGACGUCGACGACCUCAUACACCUGCGCGGGCCCCUCACUGAGGACGCGCUGGUCCGGGCCCUGCAGACUAGGUUCUACCAUAAUAAGUUUUAUACAUCAGUGGGACCAAUAGUAGUGGCGAUGAACGCCUACACGGACGCAUCCAAUGCGUUGACGCCGGGCGCGGCGCGCGCGCAGCGGCCCGAGCUGGCGCGGCUCGUGCACGACGCCGUGCGCCACCAGGCCGACACGGGCUGCCCGCAGGCCAUCAUUCUAUCGGGCGUGUCCGGGUCGGGCAAGACGUACGCGUCGAUGGUGCUGCUGCGGCGGCUGUUCGACGUGGCGGGCGGCGGGCCCGAGACGGACGCGUUCAAGCACCUCGCCGCCGCCUUCACCGUGCUGCGCUCGCUCGGCACGGCCGCCACGCACGCCAACUCGCACUCCAGCCGCAUUGGUCACUUCAUAGAGGUGCAAGUGACAGACGGCGCGCUGUACCGCACGAAGAUCCACUGCUACUUCCUGGACCAGACGCGCGUGGUGCGGCCGCCGGCGGGCGAGCGCAACUACCACAUCUUCUACCAGAUGCUGGCCGGCCUCUCGGCGGACGAGCGCUCGCAGCUGCACCUCGACGGCUACUCGCCGCAGGACUUACGGUAUCUGUCAUCGUCAGUGUCGCGUCGCGCAGACGCGGACGACUCGGCACGCUUCCAGGCGUGGAAAAGCUGCCUGGGCGUGCUCGGCAUUCCCUUCCUGGACGUGGUGCGCGUGCUCGCCGCCGUGCUGCUGCUCGGCAACGUCACCUUCACCGACACCGCCGAUGGCACCGCUGAACCCAGUGGAGAGGCGGAGCUGGCGGCGGCGGGCGCGCUGCUGGGUGUGGGCGCGGCGGCGCUGGUGCGCGGGCUGGGCACGCGCGGCGCGGCGCGCGGGCGGGCGCUGGUGCGCGCGCCGGCCAGCGCCGCCGCCGCCGCCGCGGCGCGCGACGCGCUCGCCAAGGCGCUGUACUGCCGCACCGUCGCCACCAUCGUGCGCCGCGCCAACUCGCUCAAGCGGCUCGGCUCCACGCUCGGGACCCUCUCCUCCGACUCCAAUGAAUCGGUGCACCAAGACGCAGCCUCCCGGCGCGCGUCCACGGCGGGCAGCGGCGCGCGGGGCCGCGCGGGCGCGCGCUCGAUGGCGGCGCUCAACGACGCGGUGCGCCACGCAACGGACGGCUUCGUGGGCAUCCUGGACAUGUUCGGCUUCGAGGACGCCGCGCCCAGCCGCCUCGAGCACUUGUGCGCCAACCUGUGCGCAGAGACCAUGCAACACUUCUACAACACUCACGUGUUUAAGUCUUCAGCGGAGUCGUGUCGCGAGGAGGGGGUGUCGGGCGCUCUGGAGGUGGAGUACGUGGACAACGUUCCGUGCAUCGACCUGGUGUCGUCGCUGCGCACCGGCCUGCUCGCCGCGCUCGACGCCGAGUGCGCGGCGCGCGGCUCGCCCGAACAGUACGUCGCGAGGAUCAAGACUGCACAUAGAGGGCACCCGCGUCUCGGCGAGGCGCGGCCGCCGCACCCGCGCCGCUUCGCCGUGCGCCACUACGCGGGCGAAGUGACGUACGACGCGACGGACUUCCUCGACGCCAACCGCGACUCCGUGCCCGACGAUCUGCUAGCUGCGUUUGAUACGAGAGCUUGCGAAUUUGGCUUUGCGACACAUCUGUUCGGAGCUGAGCUCAAGGCAUUAUCAGCAGCGGGCGGUCCGUCCGGGGCGCAGUUCCGCGCGUCGCCCACGGCGGCGGGCGCAAGCGCGGCGCCCCCGCCCGGCGCCCCGCUGUCCGGCGCCUCCACGCUCACGCAGGACUUCCACACGCGGCUCGACAACCUGCUGCGCACGCUGGUGCACGCGCGACCGCACUUCGUGAGGUGCUUGCGGGCCAACGCCACUGAGGCGCCGAUGUUGUUCGAUAGAUCUACUGUCGCUACGCAGGUGCGAGCUCUGCAAAUCCUGGAGACGGUGCAGCUAAUGGCGAACGGGUACCCGCACCGCAUGCGGUUCCGCGCGUUCGGCGGCCGCUACCGGGCGCUGUGGGCGCGCGGCAAGGAGGAGUGGGGCGAGUGGGACGGCGAGGCGGCGGGCUGCGCGCGCGUGCUGCGCGCCGUGGCCGCCGGCGGCGCGCCGCCCGCGCCGCACUCGCCCGCCGCCGUGCGCUGGGCCAUCGGCAAGCGCCACGUCUUCCUCAGCGAGGGGAUGAGACAGGUGUUGGAGCGCAUGCGACGCGCGCGGCGCGCGGCGGCGGCGCAGUGCAUCCAGGCGGCGUGGCGGCGGCACCGCGCGCGGCUGGCGGGCGCGCCGCGCCGCCCGCGCCCCGCGCCCAUCGCCGGCACGCCGCCGCCCGAGCCGCCGCUGCCGCCCGCGCACUCCAAGUGCGACCCCGCGCUCGUUAAGCGCACCUGCUCACUCUUCGGACUCGACUUGACGCAUGUGCAGGAACGGCCGCCGCCGCUGCCGCCGUCGCGCGCCUACAUAGUGUCGAACGGCGUGAAGCUCGGCUACCCGCAGCAACGCACCGUGGCGGCCGACUGGGACGAGGCGGGCGUGCGCCUGCGCGCCGGCGACACCGUGCUGGCGCUCGGCGCCGCGCCGCGCGGACACGUCACCGUGCAGGUGUGCGGGCGCACGGUGCCGGUGCCGCACAGCGUGCUGGCGCCGCCGCGCGCGCCCCGCCCCGCGCCGCCGCCGCCGCCCGCACCCGCUUAGACCGACUGCUCUAUUACAUUAUCACAAACACGUCCGCAGGCCAACAACAUAAUACCGUGUUAGUGAAAUCAUUAUACAGUCACAAUAAACCUGCCACCUUCAUAAUCUAUAUGAAAAAAGUCCAAUACAAGAAAAGGCUUCUCAGCUUAUAACGUAUCUAGAUCUGAUAAUAAUAUCGAUUUAUUAAAUACAGGAAGUUGAAAAACGGUUAUUUUAAAAUCACAUGGCAUAAAAUGGUAUUUUAAUUGAUAAUCACGAUUGUAAUUAUCCAGGUUUUACUUGGUUUCAUUAAGACAUAGUAAUUAUAUCGGGGGUCUAUUAACUUCCUAUACUGAGAAAUAUAUUUACACUUCCGAUAGCAAUAACAACGCUAUUUUAAAUAAUGAAUCGGAUAUAAUGACAUGUCCGGGCACAGGCCUGUGAUAGCAACCGAAACUGAAAGACUAAUCCAUACUCGACAUGAUAGGUUAUGUGAAUCUUUGAUAAUAUUAAUCGCGUUGUGAACAAUCAAUGGUGCCUUAUUGUAAAUAGUAGGUUAAGUAUUUAUGGGAGCGAUGAGAUUUGCGCUAUGCGUGGAUGUUCUGUAUUCUGUGACGCAACACGCCUGUAACUUAGUGAAAGAACUAAGAUAUCUUUAUUGUUUUGGUUUAAGUAUAAAUUUAGAAGGGUCACUUUUGGUAAGAAUUUAAAAAUAGCGUUAAAUGAACGAUUAAAAAAGCGUAGAUACGAGAAAUAUUUUUUAUAAAAUGUUGAUGUAUUCGAAUAUUUAAGGCAUUUUUUACAAGUUGAGUAUAUUUUACUUGCAGGAUACCUUUAUUGUAUUUUCGUUUAUAAAAUAACUACAUUUAAGUAUAAUUUAAAAGAAUAUUUUCAGUAUUUACAAUUUACCAACUCACUAUAAUUACGUACCAUAACUAAGACGAGUGCUGUUACCUUAAAUUAUCUGUUGUUUUUUUUUAUUUUAUCAAAUUUAUGUUUUCCCCAAGUAACAAACAGUAUUUCGCUGUAACGACAAGUGUUUGUAGAAGUAGUAGGCGUAUUUCAAGAAUGUAUAUUUACUUCAAAACUAAAAUGUAUCAAACAACUAACUAACAGUUGCAUAUGGCAAAUUAAUUGGCCAAAUUAAAAACAAACUACAAGUAUAAGCUUGCCAACAAGAGUCUGAUACCUUACUGUACUGAGAUGGUAACUAGAUUAAGGUUAUAAUAAAAGGCGUAAUAAUU